GACGUAGAUGGUCUCACUUUAGCUCAAAUGUGUAUUUGGGUCUGGACAGGAGGAAGAAUAUGAUGCAGCGAAGUGCUCGGUAGCUCGAUUGUAACUUGUCAUAAAGAUGGGUUCGUCGCGUCUUCAUACCGGUCGUCAAUUUCGAGACAAGCUGGUGUUUUUCUGCUCGAUCGUAGACCUUUUGCUCAUUACCCAUAUGUCUUCUAUUUCGCUAUUAGCCAACGCCCAAUAUACGAGCCCGAAGCAUUCUUCUUGCCCAAAUAUCUGCCAGUAUGACAACUGGACUAAAAUCGCCAACUGCUCGAACCGGCAAUUAACGGCAGUACCAGGUACCUGCAACCAGGCAAGAACAUUGAAGAUGAACAAUAAUCGCAUCACUCGCUUAAACCCAUACGACCUUGAAGAUUUCACCAACCUCCAAUUCCUUUAUCUAGGAAAUAACAGAUUGGAUAACAUAUCAUCGAACGCAUUCGUGGGUCUUGGAAAACUUGAAUAUCUCAGACUUGGGGGAAACUGUUUUUCCGACUUAAAUGGUGGGAUGUUUCGGGGUCUUGCCAAACUUCAGUUCCUUUUGGUUGUUGAGGGUUGCCUGGAAAACAUUGCCAAGGAGACAUUCAAGAACGUGCAGAGUCUUGGCUCGCUUGAACUCGGUGGGAAUCAUCUUCGGGAACCACCAUGUGAUGCAUUUGUUGCAGGGAAUGUACUUCAAUCAUUGUCCCUUUCAAACAAUCUCAUCUUCUCUUUGCCUCAAUAUUGCUUUGCAAAACUCCAUCUUCUAAGGAUACUAGAUCUGAGCGGUAAUAAUCUGACAGAAAUUAGAAAAAGCCGAGUUUUCAGUGGCCUCGACAACCUAGAAACGUUAUCCCUAGAUAAAACAAAUUUGGUUCAGCUUGCAGAAGAUUCAUUUAUUAAUAUUCCACAGAUUCGACAUCUUUAUUUGACAAGAAAUAGACUUUCUAAUCUUCCGAUUAAUGUCUUCGCCAAUCUCGUGAAUCUUACAUUCCUAAAUCUGUCCGACAAUGCUCUGGAUCGUGUGACCUUAUUGUUCCAAAACAACCUUCGCCUCGAAAUAAUUGACCUUUCAUCUAACAUGAUCACAUGGAUAGAUCCAGACACCUUCAAAGGGCUGAAAUAUAUUCAGACCGUACUGUUGUCCUCAAACCGCUUAAAGAAAGUUUAUAGCCUAAUCUUUGAGACACCGUGGAUAAACAUCACCAAUCUUGCGGACAAUCCACUUAACUGCGAAUGUGCCAUAAUGGACUUAGGAGAAUGGCUUGACCGAAAUCCAGGUUAUGAAGCAACCUGUGACUCUCAAGGAAAAGAUGGAGAUGUUGGAAGAGUUUCUCUUCAGAGCAUAUGCGAUGAAUACAGCCAUCCCAGUUCUCGAUCUGGUACUCUUCUCGUAGAAUCCCAAGGUACACCGAAACCAUCUACCAACAUUUAUUCAACAAUGGCAACGAAACCUCAAUCCCAUGGCAACUCCGAAACAUACCAGUCAAAUACAUUUCAUAUGACUACCAUAAUCCUGAUAGCCAUCAUAGUUGUUAUCCCUGUACUUCUUAUCAUGACACUGUUCGGCACCGUGUACUAUUGCCAGAGGAUCUUGUCAACAACCAAGGAACGGUCAAAGGACAGUAUCAUCUUAACGCCACCCACAUCAGAUCCCCGAGCAGGACUCAUUGACGCCCAUCCACCAUCAACGAGCUUAAUGAAGUCUACGCAAUUGAUUGCCAUUCGGCCAGAGAAUGGGAUGAUGGCGAGGACUGGUGAUGAUGAUGGUGUUUAUGAAGAGUUUUCUGAUGUCGAUCCCAUGAUGAAACCCUCAAAUGUUUCAAAGAAAACCAACAACGAUGGUCCUGAUUUCGACAUACUCCACGGUUCGCAUACCUACCUCGAUGUCCAGGACGAUACAUACGUUCCCUAUGACCCUCCUCGUUUGCCUGACAGGGACAACGAAUACGUGAAUGACAUCGAGAAAAGAAGCCUUAAACAAGAAUCAGGCUAUUAUGUGUUCAGUACCAAGGAACCGGUGUAUGAUUCGAAGAUUCCUAAAUACGUAAAUGAAAGUGAGCUCUUUUCUGUUUGAUAGACUUGAAAUAUGGGCAGGGGCGGAUCCAGGAAUUUUCGAAGGGGGGGGAGCAAAUUUUUCGGAGGAAAAUUUUGACAAGAAAAAAAAAUAGGUCUUCAAUUCAAAAAUAGGGGGAAAACCUGGGUUUCAAUGGCAUUUGUACAUCAUAAAUUUCUAUUUUUUGGAUUCUCAAAAGGAGAGGGGGCACGUGCCCCCCGUGCCCCCCCCCCCCGAAUCUGCGCGUUAAUUUUGUUACUGUUUGACAAACAGGCUGUUUAAAAAAAACAAAUUUCAAUCAAAUCAUUGGUUGAGAAGUAAUAUCAAUGUUAUCUCUCAGCUAGUGAGAACAGUUAUGAUAUGCGGAAAAACUAUCUUCAGCUUACUUCUUUCCCCUUGAGGUUAAUACGCAGAAGCAAUAACAAUGUCUGAUGGAUACAGUUUUCUUGCCAUAUUUCUUUUAAUUUUGCUUUCGUAAAAACAAGAACUUUUGAAAUUGCAAUCGAAAUGUUCAUAUUAGACAAUUUAACACUUUACAUUCUACAUGUAUAAGAAUUACUUUUAAAUAGCAUAUAGUCAUAUACAUUAUAAUACGUAAAAAGAAUUAUCUUGUGCUUUUGAAUUUUCAAGCUAUUGUUGAAAACGCCACUACUUUCAAAACAUUUUAUGAAAUAUUGAAUUAUACAAUAUAAUCACUUUUACUGUCAGGAAUGUACAUACCCCUAUAUUAUUUCAUUCUAGAAAUGCUCAUGUAGAUACCAAUAGUACUUGUAUGAGAUAAAUGCUUAAAUGAUUAAUAAAUUUUCUAUGAUUUUCACGUUUGCUUGAUAUUAUUUUGCCACUUAGUUGUCAAUUAAAAUAGCCGAACCAUAUAUUGUAAACCUUGUCUGCAAAGAAGUCGACAGGAUAUUACACAGUCAAUGAUUUUUUUUUCAAAUUAUGAUAUCUAUAAUUUGAUGUUAAUAGAUGCUCUGUAAUCUUAUCUUUGAAAUACAAUUUAAAUAAAUGUUGUUCAUGCUUGAGUGAACGCGGGACGUUUUUGUGAGUGGUUCAAAAAGAGGCUUGCGCCAAAAUGGCAGAAAUGAG